AUGAAGAAUAUUGAUUACAAUAUUAGUAGUAGCAUUAGUCAAAAUUUAAAUCACUACCAACAAAUUUUAUUGAAUCCUGAAUAUCUGCCUAAUAAGUAAAAUACAAAGAUUCGGGUUCCUACUAUAAAAAGAAAAUACUCGCCUAAUUUAAAAUUCUGUAAUGACGGUGAGUCUGUUAAAUAUAUUAGAAAACCGAUUGACACAUCUUUUGUUUAUUCAAAUUUUCAGACAGAUUAUGUAAGUUCAAGGGAGGAUAUUAUCUUUUACUAUGAAGUUGAAAUGAUAGAAAUGAGCGAUUAAAGUGAUAUAUGUGUUGGAUUGGGUAUUAGCACGUUUCCUGUUCAUAAAUAGCCAGGAUUUUCAAAGAAGGCAAAGUGUUCUUUUGGGUGUAAAAAGAAUGGUGAAAUAAGAUGCUCAAAAAUAAAAUCUACACAAAAAGUUAAACCAUGGGGUUAGGGCAACGUAAUUGGGUGUGGGUAUAAUUACAUUACGAAUGAGAUAUUUUUUACAAAUGAUGGUGAAUAUAAAGCUGCUUUUACUAUUGUGAGAAAUUAUUAAUUUAUUGGGAUAAUUAGUCUCAGCUAUUUUAGGGAUAAGGUUAGAAUUAAUUUUGGGCAGAGGCCAUUUAAGUUUGAUAUUAGAUCAUUAAUAGCUGAUUAUAAAGCUUAAAUACAAAAGUAGAUUAGCACUUAAAAAUGUGAUUUAUUUGAAGUGCAUAAACUUGUUUAAUAAUAUCUUUAUUUAAAUGGGUACUUCGAUUCUCUUUAGUCUUUUGAGAAUUUAAGUCUCUUGAGUCCAAUAAACAACUUGAUGGAAUGUGAAGAAAACUCCAAUUAAAAUAACUUAGAAGCCUCAUUUUUAGAUAAAUACUUGAACUAAGACAAAUCUCCCAUAAACUAAUCUUAAAAAUCAAAUAAAGAGGAUUAAUUUUUAAAUAAAGAUUUUAAAAUAGAAAAUGAUUUAAGGAGGGAAGAAAAAGAAAUCUUGUAAAUGCAGGAGGAAAAUUAAUUAGAAAUUUAAAAUAUUUAUGAUGCUUAUGAUGAUAUUUUGGAUUUUAGCAAUAAAUAUCAAGAAAGUUUAGAAGAAGAUUUUGUUCAAGAAAAGAUUUAAACAGAGCUUAAUAAUGGUGGAAGUGUAGAGUCUUCCAAAAAUAUUGACCACAAAAAUAUUGAUCAAAAAGAGAUAGAAAUGAAUCAUCUUCUUGAAGAAAAAAAUGAUGAAAUGAAAACCAAUUAAAAAUCAAAAUAAAUAAAUAAUAUAACUCAAAACAAAAACUCUGAUUAUAUUUAAAAUGGUAAAUAUGCAAUCUUUGAUAACAUAAGAAAAGAAAUAUUAGGUUAUUUACAGUAACUGAAUUAUGCUAAAAUUAUAGAAAUUUUGUAAAAGAAUUUCCCAAAUAUAUUUUUAACAAAUCCAUAACUGGAAGGAAAACUAGUUAGUCUAUAAUUCCUAAAAAUGUACAAGGACGGAAAACAAGAAGAAAGCAUGAAAUAUGCAUAAAUGCAUUUUAGAUAAAUGAGUGAUAUUAAAUUUGAGUGUGUUGAUAAGAUUGGUCAAAAAAAGAUAUUUUCAAAAUUAGAUAUUUUAGGAGCCUUUUGCUACGAAAAUAUAGAAAACACUCAUUUAAAUUUAUUGUUCUAAACUUAAACUUAAUGUAAUUUAUGGGAUGAAAUUAACACCUUUUUAUUAUAACACUGUGGAUAUAGGGAAGAAAGUAGUCUUCAAAUAAUUUUGAAGUAAGUUAAUUUAGUCCAGAAUAAGAUGAGAGAAGCUGAAAUGUUUGAGAGUUAAAUGUUUAAAAUUUGA